AUGUCCAUCCCCAAUUCCUCAGAACAGCAGGACACCCCGCUGCACGACUCGACCCUGCUCCUCGAUGGUCCGGUCUCUUUGACCCUGGGUAGUGACUCGCUACUGAUAGUUGACGACGUUCACAAAUCAGGCCGUGGCUGCUGCGGGUUAUGCAGGUCCAAAACCAAGACCACGCACACCAUUGCACUGCACAAUGUCCUCGGUGCCGAAGUUAACCCCUCCGAUGUCGAGAUCACCUUCGCGCAGCCCGCAACCAAGAACGAUGUCACCGUGACAACAGUGCGAUAUUCGAUCAGCGAGAAGGAGAAGUCAACCGUGGAGAAGUGGGUACAGAAGCUGCUCGACCUUGCCUAUGGCACCGCGCAGCGCAGGAAGCGACUCAAAGUCCUGGUAAACCCCUUCGGCGGGAAAGGAACAGCGGCAAGUCUAUACCAGACAUACGCGGCGCCGGUCUUCGCCGCGGCCAAUUGUGAGCUCGAUGUGCAAAACACCGAAUACCGCGGACAUGCCACCGAAAUCGCGGCGCAGCUCGACCUUGACGCGUACGACGCGAUUGUAUGUUGUUCGGGGGACGGUCUGCCAUACGAGGUGUUCAAUGGGCUAGGCAAACGGCCCAAUGCCCGAGAGGCUCUGGCCAAGCUCGCGGUGGCGUUGCUUCCUUGUGGCUCCGGGAACGGGAUGGCGUGGAAUUGCCUGGGGACGGGUAGCGUCUCCAUUGCGGCGCUGGCAAUCGUCAAGGCGGUGCGGAUGCCUCUUGAUCUAGUCUCGAUCACUCAGAAUGAUACUCGCACUCUCUCCUUCCUGUCGCAGUCCUUUGGUAUUGUCGCAGAGUCGGAUCUGGGCACCGAUCACAUCCGGUGGAUGGGCGCCCACCGGUUUACGUACGGGUUCCUGAUCCGCCUGCUGCGGCAGACAAUCUGGCCCUGCGACCUGGCAAUAAAAGUGGAGAUUAAUGACAAAAAGGCGAUUAAGGAACACUAUACCGCAUUUGCCAACCGCCCAGUGGACACCUCUGCGGACCGCGGCCGUAUCGAAGCUGCAGAACAGUCGCCGGGGCUUCCAGAGCUCCAGCAUGGCACGGUCCUGGGAGAGCUCCCUACUGACUGGGAAAUCGUUCCGGGCACCACAAUGGGCAAUUUCUACGUCGGCAACAUGGCGAUCAUGUCCAAGGACACCAAUUUCUUCCCGGCAUCGCUUCCAAAUGAUGGACUCAUGGAUGUCAUCACCAUCGAUGGGACCAUAAGCCUAAGUACGGCGCUCAGCAUGAUGAACGAGAUCCCUACCGGCCGCUUCUUCGAUAUGCCCGACGUCAAGCUCCGCAAAGCAACCGCAUUUCGUUUGGUGCCCCAUGAAAAAGAAGGGUAUAUCAGCAUCGACGGGGAACAAGUUCCCUUUGAGCCCUUCCAAGCUGAAAUCCACCAAGGCUUGGGUACGGUGCUGUCCAAGUCGGGGCGAAUUUACGAAGCGGAUGGCCCGCUGUGA